CUAGAGAUAUUUAUGCAAUGGACCAGAGAUAUUUUCUUUUUUUUUUUCUAGGAAUUUCUUCAUUAGGACCACUGCCAAUUGAAAAUCAACUCAUUCAAUGGAGUACUCCACAGCAAUCAUAUUUUCACAAGUCUCUUUAUUUCCCUCAAGAUUUCAAACAGAAAACAGAGCUUACCCAUUCAAGCCAUGGAAGCAGAGAACUUCCCAACCUACCCGUUUCCAGUGUCACAAGAUGUAUGUCCCUGGAUUUGGGACAUCACCAGAAUCCACAGCAGCCAAACAUCUACACGACUUUUUCAACUAUAUUGCUGUUAAAAUUGUCGCUGCACAGCUUCAGAGCUACAAUCCUGAAGCGUAUGAGGAGCUGAGGGAGUUUCUGGAUAGACAUUCAUUGAGUGAUGGUGAUAAGUUUUGCGCAGAUUUGAUGAGGGAAUCCCCAAGACAUAAAAAUCUAGCUUUGCGCAUCUUAGAGGUUCGAUCAGCAUACUGUAAGGAAGAUUUUGAAUGGGAUAACUUGCAGCGCUUAGCAUCAAAGAUGGUGGAUGAUUCUAAUAAAAAGGUUAUGAUGGAUUAUAUCGUAGAUACAAGCUGCACGGUAGACGGAAAGCAAAUUUGCUAGACAAAACUCCUGAACAUUCUUGAUCAUGGUGUAUUGUAUCAUAUUAUAACUUGUAUUUAAAAGACAGAUUUCUAAGAUGAAGUGAGCCACAAUCACAAUAUCCUUA